AUGGCGGAUCGAUCCGUGUCCCCGACGAAGAACGGGACGGCCGAUGGGCGCCGCACGCCCUCGCGAGCUACGCCCACCUCGUCAUCUCGACCAGGGACCCCGUCUCGGACCGGUCCGAAGGGCAGCGGGACGACGCCGGUAGCCAGCGCGGCAUCGGCUGUGCCGCCGCCUCUCGCCACGCUGGAUCGGCACGUCCCCGCCGGCUGCCCGCACCUCGCACGAUCCUUGAAGCUGGGCUCGUCCUUCUUGACCACCUCGUCUUCCUCAUCCGCCGACGUCGACCCCGGUGCUGCGCUGGGCACGCACCAGGUCAAGACCGAGCAGUUGGACGGCGAUGCAGCCGAUGGUAGCGGCGGAAUGGGUGCCGAGGGCAGCAGCCACCUGUCGCAGGAGGCCAGGCGCGCGCUCAAGAGGUACAUCGCCGGCCUCCGAUGGGGCGGCAGGAUCCGCGCGGGCGAGGUCAAGGUCAUCGACGAGGCCGCCUCGCAGCCGGCCAAAGAGGCCACCGACCGCAGUGGGAAGCGCAGGAAGCUCGACUACCCGACCUGCGGCACGUGCGAGACCGAGCUGCACCGCCCAUUCAUCUGCCUCGACUGCGCCUACACGGGCUGCUUCCUGCCGCAGCAGCACGAAGGCAGCGCCAAGCCCCACAUCGUGCAGCAUCUGCGCGCCCAGUCGCACUCGUUUGCCUUUGAUCUGCUGCGUGGCACGCUCUUCUGCGUCGAUUGCAACGACGUCGUCUUUGACCCGACCUUUGAAGCCGUCUUGGCACGAGAGAGGGGUCGAUCCGCCGACAAGGCCCGGGCGCGAUCCCAUGGGCCCUACCUCGCAAGCUUGGACAACCUGCCGCUCCCGGAUGCCUCGAACGGCAUGGCCUGCCGCAACCCUCGAGGCCUGCGCAACAUGGGCGCGACGUGCUUCAUGAACGUCAUCAUCCAGGCCUUUCUGCACAACCCGCUGCUGCGCAACUUCUUCCUCAGCGACCGCCACAAUCCGGCGCUGUGCACCAACUCGCGCGCCUGCCUCGCCUGCGAGAUGGACAAGAUCUUUUCCGAGUUCUACUCGAGCUCGCCCGACAAAGGCCCGCACGGCCCGACGUCGUUCCUCUACUGCAUGUGGCUCGACCAGAACUCGGGCGAGCUGUCGCAGGCCGGCCAGCACGACGCCCACGAGCUCUUCAUCAGCGCGCUCAACGGCGUCCACGGCGCCCUCACGUCGCGCUCGCUCGAGCGCUCGCUGCUGCCGGCGUUUCCCUACGACGACGAGAACGCGUGCAGCCUGCUCUUUGACCACUACGAGGGCUCCGGAUCCGGAUCCGGCUCGAGCUCCGAGGCGGGCACGCCGUCGGGCGCGCUGCGCGGCAUCGUCUCGUGCCCGUGCGUGGUGCACCGCACGUUUUCCGGCCAGCUCCAGAGCGACGUCACCUGCCAGCGCUGCGGCAAGGUCAACACGACGCGGGACCCCAUGCUCGACCUCAGCCUCGACGUGCGGCCAGACUCGAUGCGGAAGCGCGACGGCGCCCUCGACCCCGGCGCCGAUGCAGCGGCCAAGAAGAACGGCAAGAACAAGAAGGCCGGCCCGCAGGACAAGAAGGGUGCGGCCGAGCGUGAGGGCACCGAAGAGGAGCAGCACCUCACCGUCUGCCUGCAGAGGUACUGCUGCACAGAGAGGCUGGGCAACGACGAUUACACAUGCAGCUCGUGCGGCGGGAUGGCCUCGGCCACCAAGCAGCUCAGCCUCUUCCGUCUGCCCCCCGUCCUCUGUAUCCAGCUGAAGCGCUUCGAGCAUACCUCUGCGGCGACCAAGAUCGACACGAGAGUGACCUUCCCGCUCGUGCUCGACGUUCGACAGUUUUCCACUGCAGUCGUCCGAGGGGAAACGGCACGCCUCAAUCCGGAUCCAGAAGCGUACCUUUACGACCUGUUCACGGUCGUGGUGCACGUCGGUUCGAUGAACACGGGGCACUACACCAACUUCUCAAAGUGGCGUGACCAGUGGUACCGCUUUGACGACGACAAGGUGACGCCGGCCAAGGUGUCGGAUGUUCUGAGCGCGCGCGCCUACCAGCUCUGCUACCAGCGGCGGAGCCUCAAGAACCUCUCGUCGCGCCGGUCGUUGUCGUAG